CUACCUUUGGAGAUAUGCAAAUAUGAGGGUUUUCUUUUUCUUCAAUCAAUGUAGGCCAUUGGGCAACAUGAUGGGCUCUGGACCUCGGGUUUCUGGACAUCUCCAAUACCCAGACAAUUGGAAUGCCUUCUUUCUCCCAGAGGAUACAGAGGUCAUGGGCCAACAGUGCAUCGCUAAGGUGCCAGGGCAGGCAUAAAUAGUGGCUGACUGACAAACAGAGGUUCAUUUCCCUGGAACUCCUGAGGCCUCGAGGAAGCAAUCUGGAUACAUCUUGGCUCCACUGUCUGAGGUCCCUUAGACUGCUCAGUCCUUCUGGCUGAGACCCAUAUUCAGGGGGACCUGAGUCAGUCCCAUACUGGCUUCCCACCUAUCAGUCUGGUGGCCUAUUAGCUCCUCCUUGUUCAGGCCAUGCUGCACCUCCUAUCCAUGCUUGUCCUGCUUGUGCAUCCCCUGGGAACCCAUGGAGCAGAAGUGAAGAGCCUCUCACAGAGAUCAGUAACCAACACCUGCACCCUAGUCAUGUGUAGCCCCACAGAGAAUGGCCUGCCUGGUCGUGAUGGACGGGAUGGGAGAGAGGGUCCAAGGGGUGAAAAGGGUGAUCCAGGUUUGCCAGGACCUGUGGGGCUCCCAGGGAUGCCUGGUCCUGCAGGUCCAGUUGGGCCCAAAGGGAACAAUGGCUCUGCUGGAGAACCUGGACCAAAGGGAGACUCUGGACCAGUUGGACCUCCGGGACUUCCAGGUGCGCCUGGUCUAGCCGGGAAAGAAGGCCCCUCUGGCAAGCAAGGGAACAUAGGACCUCAAGGCAAACCAGGUCCGAAAGGAGAGGCUGGGCCGAAAGGAGAAGUAGGUGCUCCAGGCAUGCAGGGAUCUGCAGGGGCAAAAGGUCCUGCAGGUCCCAAGGGAGAAAGAGGUGCCCCUGGUGAGCGAGGAGCCCCUGGGAAUGCUGGGGCAGCAGGGCCUGCUGGAGCUGUGGGUCCACAGGGAGCUCCAGGUUCCAGAGGGCCCCCAGGACUCAAGGGGGACAGAGGUACUCCUGGAGACAAAGGAGCUAAAGGUGAAAGUGGGCUUCCAGACAGCGCUGCACUGAAGCAGCAGGUAGAGGCCUUAAAAGGACAACUACAGCAUCUAGAAGCUACCUUCUCUCGCUAUAAAAAAGCUGCACUCUUCCCUGAUGGCCGAAGUGUUGGAGACAAGAUCUUCAGGACAGGGGGCUCUGAAAAGCCUUUUGGGGAUGCCCAGGAGAUGUGCAGGCAGGCUGGAGGUCAGCUGGCCUCCCCACGUUCUGCAGCUGAGAAUACUGCCAUAGAGCAGCUGAUCACACCUCACAAUAAGGCUGCCUUUCUGAGCAUGACUGACAUGGACACAGAAGGCAAGUUCACUUACCCCACAGGAGAGCCCCUAGUCUACUCCAAUUGGGCUCCAGGGGAGCCCAACAACAAUGGUGGAGCAGAGGACUGUGUGGAGAUCUUCACCAAUGGCCAAUGGAAUGACAAGGUUUGUGAAGAGCAGCGCCUUGUCGUCUGUGAGUUCUGAGCCACUAGGGGUAGGAGACAGGACAGUGCUUGAGCCAGUGGUAUGGCUCAGACCUGUGUGUUGCCAACACCCUAAUAAAAGGUGACUACCUGUGUAGCUUGGGUUCUCUGAAAAAAACGGUCAAAGGCAGGGUUACCAGAGCACAUCUAUCAGAGUAUUGUGCAUGGCUGCCUUCCUAUGCUGAAAACCUCUCAGGAGAAAGAGAGGCCCUGUUUUCUCCAGCAUUAUAGGGGAUGAAAGUUCAUCUCUAUGACCUGUCACAGAAUGCAAUGUUUUCAUCUUGGUCCUGAGGCUGAUGGUAUCCUCUUUAAACUUUCUCCUUUGGGCUUUCUCCACUCUUGCCUGAGGUUCCUGGCAUCCUGGCUGCUCCUGGCCUUACAUCUCUAUUCUUCCCCUUCACCACCUAAUGGCCACACACAGGCCCUAGCUCUCUGUUCUCAUUCACUCCACGGUGUGAUCACUGGCUUUAUAUUCCAUAUGUGGUCCUUUUGAUGCCCCCAAACUAAAAAAUGGUAAGCUAUAGACCUCUAGCUGUCUGAAAGCCCAGCAGAAUGACCAGGCAGGAAAUGUCUGUUUCCCUACUCGAUGUCAUGGCUACACCUAGGAAAUCAUUCCUCAAAAGCCUUAUCAGUGGAGCUGAGACAGGCCUUUGUACCAAUGUAAACUCAUCUGGAGUCUCAGGGAGGAAGGAGCAGAGGGGCUAGCCAUGCUCUAAAGGAUCCUAAGCCUUAUGCUGCCAGAUGGUUCUAGAGUAGUCUAUCUCUUCUGCCUCAGAGAUAAUGCAGUUAAUAAUACUUAUGUAUUUUAAAAUUUAUUUUUAUUCUAUGUGUAUAAAUGUUUCACUGGAACGCA